AUGUUCUGCGGCGACUACAAGGGCAAGACGGCGAUGGCUCGCAAACAGCUCGUCAGUGAACACAAACUCUGCUCAAACUGCCUUGGACGCCAUCAGUUUUCGGAGUGCGCGUCGAAGAAGACGUGUACAGCGUGUGGCAGUCAACAUUACUCCUCGCUUCACGACGCCUUCCGGGCAGCCGAGCCCUCUACGACUUCACAUGUGGCCCAAGGUACACAUUCUUCCUCCGCUACGGUGCUGCUCGCCACGGCCAGGGUCCGCGUCCUCGACUGCCACGGAUCUUGGCAGUCCGCUCGCGCCCUAAUCGACCAGGGAUCCGAAUCAUCCAUCAUCUCGGAACGACUAGCGCAGCGACUACGACUUCCUCGAAUAGCAGCCGCCGUGAGUGUCUAUGGAGUCGGAGAAAGAAGGACCAGAGUAUCAAAAGGGAAGAUGAGACUUACCCUACAGUCGCACCGCGGUGAAUCGUCCACCCUCGUCGACGCGUUAGUGCUGCCGAAACUGACCUUGUUUUCCGGAGGAUGCCACAGCAGUAUGAGCGCUUGGACCCAUCUGAAGGACCUGGAGCUCGCCGACCCGGAAUUCAGCUCCUCGGAUUCCGUCGACAUCCUGUUGGGAGCCGACGUAUAUGGGACCAUCAUUCGCCAGGGCCUACAAAAGGGAGGUCCUCAGGAGCCUGUAGCGCAACAAACCUCGUUGGGCUGGAUCCUUUCGGGUACCGUUAACUCGACGGCGCCCGGCCAACGUGUUUCCACUCACCAUUGCCAAAUCGAGGAGGACAUCACCUGCUUGGUGCGGCGGUUCUGGGAGCAGGAGGAAGUUCGCCGGCCAUCUCCGAUCCUCACCAAGGCCGAACUGGAGUGCGAAGAACACUACCGCCGACAUCAUACUCGCUCUCCAGAUGGCCGGUACAUCGUGCGGCUGCCAACAAUCGAGUCUAUCCCUGACCUGUCGGGGACUCGACGCGCCGCAAGUCGUGCUCUGCAUCAUAUGGAAAAAAGAUUCAAGAAAGAAAGCGACUUCCAAAGCAUGUAUGUCGAUUUUAUGCAAAAUUACAAGGACCUUAACCAUAUGAUGCCUGCGCCAGAACCUGCUGAAUCUCAUCGAGGUGCCUGCUACCUGCCGCAUCAUGGUGUGUUGCGUCCAGACAGCACCUCCACAAAAUUGAGGGUAGUCUUCAACGGCUCGAGCUCCUUGCCAAACGGAGACUCUCUCAAUAAAUACCUCUCAACUGGGCCGAAUCUGCUUCCUUCGCUAGCCGACAUCUUGCUGCGCUGGCGACGUCAUCGUUACGUCUUUGCGACGGACAUCGAAAAGAUGUAUAGGCAGAUACUGGUGCACCCCGACGACCAAAACCUGCAAAGGAUAUUGUGGAGAGAGAACGCCAACGACGAAAUCAAGGAGUACUGGCUAGGUACCGUUACUUACGGUCUAUCCUGUGCUCCUUAUUUGGCGAUCCGCACUUUACGCCAACUGGCCGAGGACGAAGGACAUCGCUACCGGAAAGGAGCCCUCAUCCUGCUGAGCGACGUCUACAUGGACGACAUCCUGGCCGGUGCGGAGACCAUGAAGGAAGCCGAAGUCAUGCUGCAACAGCUGAUUGACAUCUGCAAAGCGGGCGGCUUUUCACUUAAAAAGUGGUCGGCAAACGACUCGCUAUUGCUGAACAAAGUGGAGCCCGACGACCGUCUUCGACAAGAGGCCAGAUGGUGGCUGCCCGGAGAGAGUCACUCCACUCACGGACUUCGAUGGCAACCGUGCAACGAUCGUUUCGCCUUCGCCACUCAUCAGAUCACCCUCUCGGCGGUCACCAAAAGAUCGGUCCUCUCCUUGACGGCGAAGUUGUUUGAUCCACUCGGCUGGCUGUCUCCAACUACCGUGCUGGCCAAGAUCAACAUCCAAACGAUCUGGCUACUGGGCCUUGACUGGGACGCGUCUCUGCCAACCGAGAAAGCGAGGAAAUGGCUGCGUUUCCAGGACGAGCUAGCUGCAGUGGAAAACCUGAGUGUGCCUCAAUGGUUAGGCAGUAUAGCGGACUCCCAUCAGGAAAUUCACGGGUUUGCCGAUGCCUCCGAACGCGCCUACGCCGCCGUCCUCUACCUGCGAACCAACACCAACGAAAGUAGCAGAGUGACGCUGUUGGCUGCGAAGACCAAGGUGGCUCCAUUGAAGCAGGUAUCCUUACCUCGUUUAGAGUUAUCGGCCGCCUGUCUUCUCGCUCGACUGGUCGCCCAUGUCGUCCCUCUUAUUGGAGCAGAGAAGGCACCUCUACACCUGUCGUCAGACUCCACUGUGACGCUCGGUUGGAUUCGGGGUCACCCCUCGUCGUGGGUCACUUACGUGGCUAACCGAGUGAGCGAGAUCCAGACGCUAACUCCAGACGCCCACUGGCAUCACGUCCCCGGCCGAGAUAAUCCCGCGGACUACGCUUCCAGAGGACUCUACCCCAGCGAGCUGGAGGACCACUCACUCUGGUGGCAAGGUCCGUCGUGGCUGUCAGCCGGGAGCCACCCUUGGACGACCAACAGCGAGGAGCUUCCAGAGGAUGACCUCCCAGAGAGGCGAGUCCGCACCCACGUCACCGCCAUCGCCGAACUGAGGACCGAACAUGAGAUGCUGCUCCGAUACUCCUCGCUACAACAAUUGCCCCGGAUCACAGCGUGGUGCCGUCGCUGGUUGCGGAUCCACCGUCAGCCCCACCACGAGCACGGCCAGCUCGGCUUGAUCAGCGCCGACGAAAUCGAGGAAGCCCGGAUCUCCUGGUUAAAGACAGUCCAGGCUGCAGCAUACAAAGAGGAAAUUAGGCAUCUACAAAGGGAGCAACCCCUGCCGUCGCGAAGCUCCCUGCUAAAGCUCAGUCCAUUUCUGGACAGCGAGGGGCUCCUACGCGUCGGCGGGCGCCUGAAACAUGCUCAGCUCCCAUUCGAUGCCACGCAUCCACCAAUACUACCAAGCAAAUCGAACUACACUUGCCUCAUCAUAGACGACCACCACAAGCGAACGCUGCACGGCGGUACCCAGCUGUCUUUGUGUUCUCUUCGCCAGGAGUAUUGGGUUCCUCGCGGUCGCUCGCUGGUGAAGAGCCGCAUCAGCCGCUGCGUAAGGUGCACAAGGUGGCGGGCCGCCACUCCUCAGCCACUGAUGGGAAAUCUUCCCGCUCCAAGGGUCACGCCAGGCCGGCCGUUCCUGCAUACCGGCGUAGACUACGCCGGACCGCCUCCAGGGCAGUCCACCUCGACGCCGCCUCUGACUACACCGCCGACGUCUUCCUCGCCUCUUUGCGCCGAUUCAUCGCCAGGAGAGAAGUAUGCCACUCGUUGUAUAGUGAUUGCGGCACCACCUUCGUGGGUGCCGACAAGCAGCUAA